GCGUCCUGGUAUCUAGGCAACCAAGGGAAAGAAGGGACCCUAGGCCUUGGAGGGAAAUGACCGCAGCUAUCUCCCGCACUAUUCGGAUCGUGCUGCCCGAUGACGACGAUAAACUGCAGGAAGAAGAAGCGGGGCGGAGGAUUGAUGAAGAUGUUGCAGUUCGCGUUAUUCAGAAGUCGUGGGGGACUCAAAUAAGGAAAAGACUAUUUAAACUUCUGAAACACACCAUUUGUGCCGCGGAGCACUGCAUUAGCUAUGAGAUUUUGAGAAGAGUGAGUCCUUUAGAGGCUGAACUUCUUAAAGACCCUACUAUUCAGUAUAGAGUCCGAUUCAGAUUUGCUGGAUCUGAGUUCCCCCCUUUUAUUGUGUUCAAGAUAUUUUGCAGAUCAGCAAAGCACGGCAAUCAGUACAUCAGUGGAAAGACAGUAAUAACGUCAACAAGUGAGGCGGCUGUUGAUGCUUGCAAAUUAAUGGGGUAUCGGAAGUAUUACAAUCAAAUGCUGUGGGAUGAAAUACAGUAUAAAAAAUAUGGAAUAAUAGAUCAGAUGGAUGUUGCUACAAUAAGAGAUUAUGUCCAAGUAAGCAUCACUUAUUCCUUCUUCACAUCCUUUAUGGGAUCAGGUAAUGAAAAACAGUAUGUCAGCCACAUGGAUGAGACCCCAGCAUAUGUUGGGGGUAGGCAUAACUAUUGGAGAAAGCUGUCAUUAGAAAACUUUCCCAGAACAAUGAUAAUGUAUGACAUCAUGGACUAUGCACAGUCUGGGAAGCUGUCUGAGAGACUUAGGCUGGAGCUGCCUUUUCUGCUCCUGAGGCCACAGAAUGAAGAAACAUCUCGUGCUCAGCUCCUGGCUGUUUGUCAAAUCAGAUCUCCAGUACCAUGUCCCACAACUGCCUGUCUCUCAAAAGCAGAUCGAAUGUCAGUCACCAGACUUUCUGAACGUCGCUCAUACCAAGCGCGGCAGAAAAUUGCAAAAAUGAGGAAAGUAUAUAGGGCCAACAAAAAACAGGAGGAGGAGCUACAUCGUGCAUUUUUAAGUGAUCGUUCAGGAAGUUAUCAUUCAUUGGCUGAGAAUGAAAGUCUAUUUUCAGAUGAAGACUGGGAGCAAGAAGCAGUGAGACUAUAUGAUUGGUCCAAAUCACUACAUGCUGAGGAUAUUUGAGAAGUUUGACUCAUGAUAAAUCUGUCUGCUCUUUAUAAAACAAAUACAGUUGUUCUUCAUAUCUAGUUUUUUGCUGUACUGUUGUGCAAACACAGCCUUGGCAGACCAUGAAUACUGUAUACAUUAUUAUUCUUUGGAUUCAGGGGAUUCAUAAUAAAGCACCAGAAACAGCAUAGAGUCCUAUAAUGUUUCAAAUACUAACAAAUUUAUCAUAGUUCACUUCUUCAAAUGCAUGCAGGUAGACUUGUCUUUGAAAUUCAUGCUGUAAUGAAUUUAUCUUUAAGGUACCACAGCACCCAGUUAUUUUUGCUGCAGCAACCUCACAAGACUUACCCUUUGAAAAUAAUGAAGAUGAUUGUUGCUAACCAAAGUAAUAAGUGAAUUAAGUUAAUAAGAAUAGAGAAGAAAGCAGAAGAUAUAAAGAGCCAAGGUUAUCCAAAUAUUUUAAAGUGAUGUUUCAAAGUGAUGCCAGGAUGUUUUAGUUGACUGGUUAGGUUGUGGAUAAACCAGAUUUUAGGAGAAAGUAGUAUUUCCUUUCCAUAUUAUAGCUGUGAACAAUAAAGAUAAGAAAAUAUGAUUUUGUUCAGAAAUAUUAAUAUAGUAUCCGCUGAACUCAGUGCUUCACUGUCGAUCUAAAUUAACAACAUCAGGUAGGCUGAAGGAGCAAUCCAGGACACAUGGGUUGUUUCUGCAUGCAGUACUAAAGAAUUCUAAUCCACCAACUCCCCUCAUUUUUUUAUUUGUACUGUUUUACUCAUAUAAUGCUUUCAGCAAUUAGAUAUUAUGCAAAUCUAUAGUCUCAAAAUAAUAGCAGAAAAAAUAUGAAUGAUAUUAAGUAUAAUUACAUCCCAUUGAUUUCCAGACAAUAGGGCAUUACAGAGCUUUACUUUUAUUUUCACAAAAUACAAGUUGGCAAAUACUGUACGUCAGCAUUUAAUUGAAAUAGUUUCACAAUAUUAUUCCAAACAGACCAACUACAUGACCAAAGAGAGAGUAUGAGGCACAUAGAAAUGUGGUAAAAUUAGAGGGACUUUCUACCAUGUUCUGGACAUAUCCCCAAACAAAGAAAUUGGACUAGUAUAGUAUCAUAUAAAAAGUAUUUCAAAUUAAAAUCAAGAUGCAAGCAGAAUACUGUGUUUCAAAUAUGACAGAUGGGGAGGUUGACAGGAAAU